AUGCCCCUCCCCCCCCUCGCCCGCGCCGCGGACGAUCUCUUCUUCAGCGCCUUCGAGACCGUCACCGAAGAUCGCGAGGAUCACUCGUUCAGCGGUAUUUUCUUCGCCCUCGGCUGUGACUCGGCGCUGCCAGUGAAUUCACUCGAGAUUCAAUCCCUCUGGGUUCGCGGUGAUCUCGGCCGCACGCGCGUCUACGCCAAGGCGGUCGAACCGAGGACGCGUGAUGCGAUGCCGGGUAAGGCUGACAGCGUGGAACGAUUCGGAACGUACGCGAGCUCGGACGCGACGGCGCGACGGUUGUUGACGCGCGAGGCGUGGGGGACGCCGAUAUUCGACGAGGAGAUGCAACCGUCGUUCGAUCGCUUGGUCGAGCUGAGAUUGAACGAACCGAUCGUGUUGAAGAAUGGGGAGCGGUGCGAGGUGUACGUGCACGCGGAUGAUCGAGGAGAUCGAGGAUUGGUGUACGACGACGAGAGAGAUUUGUUGGGAAGGCCAAAGUGCGACGGAUUCUUACAGAUUUAUAGUGGGUACGCGCAUCUUGGUCAACAGCCGUUCGAUACGGCGGCGCCGUGGUACGGGGAGAUGCCGCACACGGUGUCGAGUCUGAGGAAGGAUCGACGGUUCGUGGGGCGGGUCUCGUACGGGGUGCGGUGGAAACUGUGGCUGCCCGAGCGGGAGACGCACGGGCGGUUUCCGAAAGAGUUUCGAGACGUCGUUCACGUCAUGCUCCUCGGUUUGCGCGAUCAAAGGAGCGCUUUGAAGAAUCUGCACGAGGACGUACUGAUGCAUAUCUUCAAUAAGCACGUCGGAUGGGAUUGGUUUGGAAAGUCUAUUGAGAAGAGAGAGUAUCCGCCGCUCGUGGAAACGAGCGGGUCCAAUCGCGUGGACGCCGCGUUAAAGGCGAUUCGCGAGCUCAUAGCGGUUCCGGAAGAUACCACAGCUGAAAGCGCCGUCGCAAUGGCGGCGACGAUCGUGAGCAGGAGUGAAGAUCUCAAGUGGGCCCUGCACAACAGCAGCAUGGAGACUCGAUUGAGAGCGCUGGUCUUCAUCUCCAAGACGUGCUACGGCAAAAUCCGAUCCAGCGAAGCGAAACGGUUUGGCGUGCGAAAUAUUCCUAAACAUCUUUUUGCUGAGUACAUUCCCGAGGCGUUGGCGAGCGACGUAGACACGGUGCAAAACACCGCAAACAAUAUUUGUACCUAUGUGAGAACGGCAGAACACUGGGGCGAGUUUGAUGAGCACGCGUUUCCGACGGAGAUGAUAGAGCAUGAUAAUGAGUGCGACCACGAGAAGAACAUAAAAACACUGAAGGUCAUUGCGCACCCGUCAUCCCUGUUAGACAUUUUCAUGACGGAAAGUCGAGACACAGAAUACGACGAUGUGGACGACCCGGAGUGGGACAGCGACGGCGAUUGGGAGGAGGACGAGGACGAGGACGUUGACACGUGGUUGGAGGAUGACGAAGACGACAUGGAAUAUAUCAGCGAUGAAUAA